CUUCUCUCAUUUAUAUUAAUUGGAGCAACUCCAGGAACAUGUAUAGAAAUGGGACUUCGAUUACGAGCAUUUGAAGAUAAUGAAGAUAAAGAAAGAGAGAUUAAUCCAAAUGAUAAAGUCAUUUGUACAAUUGAAAUAAUUAAUAAUCCCGGAACAUCAUCGAUUUCAAUACCAAAUUCACCAAGCGAUUCAUCGACAUCAACUCCAACUCCCAUCAUCACUUCAACAACAACCAAAAAAAAUACAACAAAAAAUACAACAAUUACAACAAAUAAAAUAAAUACAUCAAAAAAUAAUAAUAAUAAAAGUAAUAAUGUUAAUAAUAAUAAUAAAGUUAAUAAUAAUAAUAAUAUUAAAGAUAAUAAUAAUAAUAAUAGUGAUAAUAAUAAUAAUAAUAAUAAUAAUAAUAAUAAUAAUAAUAAUAAUAAGAACCCUAAUAAAAAGAAUAACAAUAAGAAUAAGAAUAAUAGUAAACGUAAACAAAAAAUGAAGGUAAACCCUAACGCAAAUUUAAUGCAUAGAUUAUUUACAUUUUUAGGGGCGACAUUAAAAGCCGAAGAAAGAGAUGAAAGACAAUAUUUUGAAAUUAGUUUAGAAUUAAUAGCUGGAUCACCACUAACUCCACCUUACACACCGAAUGUUAACGAUGAAAUUCGUAAAAGAUAUCCUCAUUCAAGAAUUACCGGGGAACCAUCAGUUGAGGAACUUGGCAAAGUUACAAAAUUUAUGAGAGGUCAAAGGGUGACGUUAUAUGCCACGAAUAUAACAACAUUACCUCCUACAUUCAUUAUAAUUGAUGAUGACAUAGAAACACUUAAACAACAAUUAUUACAAUUUCCGAAACGUCAUAAAACCACUCCAGUACUUCCACAACAAACCACUGCCAUUAUACAUUUCACUUCAUUAUCAAAUUAUAAAUCCGUUAAAGAUUCGGUUCAAUACAUGAUAUCAUCUUAUAUGUCAAUGGAUAAUUGUGUUAUGGGUGUAGGACCAUUAUUACCUCAAGUAUUGGUAAUUCCCAAACCGGCUGGACCUCGAAGAUUUUUAAAUGCUUUAUAUACCACCAUAAAUAAGAUCGUGGUAGAUCCCGUUUAUAUUCCAAUUGCCACCUCACCUAUGAGUCCGGGUUCAAGAUUUACUAGUGGAUCACAUAUCAUUGAUAUUGAUAGUGAUACUAAUCCUUAUCAUCAUCUUCAUAAUCAUUCUAAUAAUUAUAAUAGUGGUG